ACAAAAUCUCUUCGUCCUUGAACUUUUCUAAGAUGGCUCUGUCACAGACCUUACGAGUUGUUGCUAGUAAAAAGUUAUUUAACAAUAAUACUAGUUUGAUUGCAAGACACUCAUCAAUAUGGUCGAAUGUAGAAAUGGGCCCACCAGAUGCUAUUCUGGGAGUGACAGAAGCCUUCAAGAAAGAUACCAACCCCAAAAAGAUGAAUUUGGGUGUUGGUGCCUACAGAGAUGAUCAGGGUAAACCAUUUAUAUUACCAACAGUAAGAAAGGCUGAAAAAAUUAUUUUCGAAUCCGGUCUAGACCAUGAAUAUGCAACAAUUAUUGGUACUCCUGAUUUUUGUAAGGCAUCUGCCCUACUAGCUUUCGGAGAUAAUAGCAGUGCUGUACAGAAUAAUUUGAAUGCAACAGUUCAAGGUAUCUCAGGAACUGGUUCUCUUAGAAUUGGGGGCAGUUUCUUUGCAAAAUGGUAUACAAAAGGUAAAGAUUUCUAUAUCCCUUCACCAUCUUGGGGUAACCACACUCCCAUCUUUAAACAUUCUGGAUUAAAUGUCAAAUCAUAUAGAUAUUAUGAACCUAGCACAUGUGGAUUUGAUUUCAAAGGUGCUAUAGAAGAUAUUUCUAAAAUCCCAGAAGGGGGUGUUGUUGUUUUACAUGCAUGUGCACAUAAUCCUACUGGUGUUGAUCCAAAGCCUGAACAGUGGAAGGAGAUAUGCCAAGUUAUGAAAGACAAGAAACUUUUUCCAUUUUUCGACAUGGCGUAUCAAGGUUUUGCAAGUGGUGAUAUUAAUAAAGAUGCUUUUGCUGUUCGUCAUUUCCUUGAGCAAGGUCACCAAAUAGCCUUAUGUCAGUCCUAUGCUAAAAAUAUGGGUCUUUAUGGUGAACGAGCUGGUGCUUUUACUAUUGUUUGUGGGUCAGCUGAAGAAAAAGAACGAGUAAUGUCACAGAUUAAGAUCAUUAUUCGUCCUAUGUAUUCCAAUCCUCCCAUACAUGGAGCCAGAUUAGUUUCAAAAAUUCUUAAUACACCUGAUCUCAGAUCAGAAUGGUUAAAAGAUGUAAAGGGUAUGGCUGAUCGUAUUAUUAGUAUGAGAACACAAUUACAAGAUAAUUUAAAGAAAGAAGGUUCAUCUCACAACUGGCAACAUAUCACUGAUCAAAUUGGCAUGUUCUGUUUCACUGGACUUAAACCUGAUCAGGUUGAGCGAUUAACAAAAGAUUUUUCAAUUUAUUUAACUAAAGAUGGAAGAAUUUCUGUGGCUGGAAUUGCUUCUAGUAAUGUAGCAUAUUUGGCGCAUGCCAUUCACCAAGUUUCCAAAUGAAAAGAAAUGAGAUGUAUAAUAUAGUCAAAUAAUUUUAUUAUAAUGUGGUCGUAUAUUGUUGUCGCCCCCGUCCGGCCUUAAGUUAAUUUUAAAUUUAUACACAGUGUAUGUGAUGAAGAAGCCUAUUGAUUUUCAGCGAUUUCCGAUAAUUACUGCCAGAGUUAUGGCCCUUAUCACGUCAAAAAAAUCUUGUGGAUGCUCUAGAGGCUAAAGUUAAUAUCCGAUUGACUUUAAAUUUAUACACAGUGUUUAACGUCAUGAGACGAAGACGCCUAUUGAUUUCCGAUAAUUACUGCCAGAGUUAUGGCCCAUAAUCACUUUGAAAAAUCUUGUGACGCUCUAUAGGCUAAAGUUAUCAUCUGAUUGACUUCAGAUUAAUACACAGAGUUUAAGGUCUUGAGACGAACAAGUCUAUUGAUUUUCAAUUAAUUUUGAUAACUUGAACAGCUAAAUCCAUGAUGUUAAAUGUUUUUUUACUAAAUGUUAGCAUUGGGAAGAACUAUGGGCGUAUGUUUCGUUGCCUGGCAACCUAUCUUUUCAGAAACCAGUUGUCAAAAAUAAUUCUAUACCAUAAACCUAUAGUGUAGUAAUAAGGCACCUGUCACAGAAUUAAAUUCAGACUUUGUCGUACAAACAUUCUUCUGACUGUCACUUUGUCCAGCUCCCAUAUGUCUCAAUUCAUUAUUUUCUGGCCAGAUAACCUUGUUUGUAAUAUAGAAAAGUGCCAUAAUAUUAAAUUAAAGUUAUCUUAAGUAUAAUGGUGAAUAUCUGAUAUGUAUUUGUUUUUGUUAUGUAGAAAUCAUAAAUUAUAGUAAAUAGUUGUAUUAACAAUUUGAAAUAAUACUGGUGCAAUUGGAACAUUGGUGCGUUGUGAUAAUUAAUUUUAAGAUCAAGUGCUCAAAUUAUGUUUUGUUAUUUAGUGAAAUACUCCAUUUGUUUUUAAUGAUUAACUGUAUUAUGUUAUAAACAAAAUAUGUUAAAUUUAUGAAGUGGUCUACAAGAUUGGAUUUAAAAACUUAAUUUGAUAUAAUAAGGUUAGGGUAUAUAAUUUAAACUUAUACUUCCUGCUAUUUGCUUACUACAAAUUGAAUACAAUAAUGUUGUUAUAAAUCUAUUAAUGCAAGCCAUCAGUGAUGUUUGUAUAAAUAAGACUUUAUUUGUGUGAUAUGAAAAUAGGAUUUUAUAAUUGUGAAAUAAUUAAAGAUAAUAUUUAGAAAGA